UGCACACCUUCAAUUCCUUCUCGCUCGCUCCCUCUUAUUUCAAAACAUCCAACUUUUGCCUCUUCUCUCGCUACUCGUAAGUGUAACAAGGAAGUCUGUCGACUUUGGAAAUUCAGUGACACAGAGAUGUUCCAGGAUUGCAACAAGAAACGCUUUUUGGCCACCGUCAGUAAGACAGGCAAACGCGACGAAUUGUCCGCUUAUUUAAACGACAGCAAGUGCAUCGCUCCGCUGCCACCGGUCAGCUCCUUCCGCCAGCCCACCAGUAGCUGCUACGACGCCGCAUCCGACGGUUACAACACUCCCAGCCCAAUGUCUUCGGAAAGCAGUGACCACGGCCAUCAUAUCGGUGGGGGACAUCCAACCUAUCGCGGACACUUCGGUGAAAGUCCCUUACCAUCGCCCAGCCACCAUCACGCCGUUUCACCAUCAGCCACAUCGUCCGAAGAGGAACUCCGUCAGCGAUUGCAAUAUUUCGUCCAGCCGCCGGCCAGCAAUAACUCAUCCGCUAACUACUACGACCUGCGAGUCAGCGUCAAAGAAGAUCCCGAACGCUGUUACCUCUCCGCAGGUCUACCCACACCCAGUUCUCCAGGAUCGCCAUUGAACAGCCACCAUCAUCACACGGUAAAUUCGCCCGUCAGUCCGGCUCCUUCUUCCAUUCAUCCGUUGAUGGGUGAGCAGGCGAACCAGUCGAGCAACCACAGCGGCUCCGAUUCCGAGUCGACGCUUCCGCGCAGCACCAGCAGCGCUUCAAACGGUCACAAGCGGCCGCUGAAGGAAGUCGCUCCGCAGGUGAUGAAGAAACGUCGUCUGGCGGCCAACGCUCGCGAGCGCAGACGGAUGAACAACCUGAACAGCGCCUUUGACCGUCUCCGCGAUGUUGUGCCCGCUCUCGGCAACGACCGACAACUCUCCAAGUACGAAACUCUCCAAAUGGCUCAGAGCUACAUCACCGCACUGUGGGAACUGCUUCAGUAAAGUUCCACUAAAUGCUGUUUUGAAACGAUUAUUGCUGCACUUGUUGCCAUUUCGAAUUCAUCGUUUGAAACUCUGAAGACGGGUUGAAAACUAAUUCCAGUUAAUCACGGUAAAAGGAGACGUAAAGUACCUCAUCAUUCAUUGUAUGCCUCCCCUUCAAAUGUCAGAGUGUUUAGCAUAAAUAGUAAAUUAAGACUUGAGAUCGUGGCGUACAUUCGCCUCUGAAUGGGAAGCGAUUCAGGAUAAAGCUCGGUGAAAAUAUCGAAAAAAGAAAUUCAUGGCUUUUCACCAUGACAUUUCCUACUGUUGUUAUUGCAUACACAUAAAUCUAGUCUCUGUUUCGUUGAUGGUGCCCGGUCGGCCGCUGUUUCUGACGCCGACGACGCCAUUUAUUGUCUGUUGCCUCAAGUGUAUAACUCUUUCUCUCUCUUUCGAGUUAGGCCAUCUUUCGACAUCUUCAUCUUUUGAAUAGUUGCCUGUCUUGACCUCUCCUCAUAGUUGCAUGCAUAGGGUCUCGAUGUGAACUGCAUUCGUAAUUGGAGGCUGUUCAACUCUCCCGUAUCUUACCUUGUUUCGAAUUUCUCUAAAUGUUUGCUGGCGAAAAUAAUUGCACAAAAUUUACAAUAAAGAAAAAUAGAAAAAAAAAAUGAAGAGCUACAUAACUCAAUCACGAACAACUUGAAAUUUGCUGCUGUUGACUUUGAAAUGAGAAAAAUGUUUCGUUGGGCUCACUGUGCCUUUUGGAGUUGUAUUUCCAACUAAUGAAUCGAUUGCUCACAACGUAUGCCUUUCUAUUUAUGUAUUUGCUUGUCUACGCAACAUUAUGACGUACACCGUAUUCC